AGGCUGUCUUCAGAAUUUUCUUGAGCGAGCUGCCUUGCAAGUCUGAGACCUUCGUCCUCAGAAACGGCCGGAACAUCAUUGGUCGCUCUCCGGGCUGUCAGAUCGUCAUCGACCAUAAGGCGCUCUCAAAGGAACAUGCAUGCAUUGAGUUCAACAAGAACUACCUGUUCCUGCAAGACCUCGGCAGUACGAACAAGACAAAGAUGGGCAAGGCCACCCUCGUGCCCAAUGUCCAGUACAAGCUCGAGUACGAAGAAGACAUCUCUUUGGGGGGACUCAAGGCGCAAGUCUUGAAACAUCUCGAGUCCGCAGCCACCGAGGACAACCAAGGGUCUGACACCUGCUCGGAGUCGCUGCUCACCGCCAUCCAGAUUCCUCAGGAUCAGCAACUUGGCGGCAUCGGGGGCACCCCAGGCGACAAGGGAACAGCUGCGGACUCGUCAGGCUCUCAGACGUCCACAGUACCCUGCAGCAAUUCCAACGACGGAAGCCAAACUGGCCUCUCGAAAGCUCGGAGAGAAAUAGGCGAAGACGGAGCAGCGGGCGUCGCUGCUGUUGCGUCCACGUCUGGCCCGCAAACCGACGCCACGAGCGAAGCGCAGUCAGGUGACGACUUCAGGCUGCCUCUGAUGCCUCACAUAGACUUCACACAGACCGAAAGUUCGGAGAGGGCUGACAGCGAACGGAGCGAGAGCUUUCAGGAGGAAGGGGACCAAGGCAUGUCGAGUGCUUCCGGCUGCGGCAACAAAGGUGAGGACAGCGACGCCGCCGUUACGAAAGAGCCGGAGGCAUUCGCCUGCACUCCCGCUCGGUUAUGCGCGGAUGCAGAUGGCGCAGUUGGUGAAGCGGGAAACGGCGAUCUUGACGGCAGAUCAGCCGUGUUGCAAAAUGUGCCGACGCAAGAUGUUGUCGUUGCUGACGAUGUUUGUUUUGAUGACGGGUGCGACGCAUUCCGCAAUGCACCGACUCAAGCCUAUGCAUCGACGGAAGUUUCCGCCAAGGAGAACGAAGAUGGGGCUUCCUCCCACAAGAAGGAGGAUGCGUUCCGUGACGCUCCCACCCAGGCGUAUGCACAGAUGGAAAGUGCUGUUGAGGAUGAUAAUGAUGAUGAGAAGGAUGAUGCGUUCCGUAAUGCUCCCACCCAGGCGUAUGCGCAGACGGAAAGUGCCGUUGAGGAUGAUGAUGAUGAUGAUGACGGAAAGGAUGAUGCUUUCCGCAAUGCUUCCACCCAGGCGUAUGUGCAGACGGAAAGUGCCGUUGAGGAUGAUGAUGAUGACGGCGGAAAGUAUGAUGGGUUCCGCAAUGCUCCCACCCAGGCAUAUGCGCAGACGGAAAGUGCCGUUGAGGAUGACAGAAAGGAUGAUGCGUUCCGCAGUGCUCCCACUCAGGCGUAUGCGCAGAUGGAAAGUGCCGUUGAGGGUGAUGAGGAUGACAGAAAAGAUGAUGCAAUCCGCAAUGCUCCCACCCAGGCGUAUGUGCAGACGGAAAGUGCCGUUGAGGAUGAUGAGGAUGACGGAAAGGAUGAUGAUUUCCGCAAUGCUCCCACUCAGGCGUAUGCGCAGACAGAAAGUGCCGUCAAGGGUGAUGAGGAUGACGGAAGGGAUGAUGCGUUCCGCAAUGCUCCCACCCAGGCAUAUGUGCAGUCUGAAAGUGCUGUUGAGGACAGUGAUGAUAACGGGGAGGAUGAUGUGUCCCAUAAUGCUCCAAUUCAAACCUUUCCAGGGGCGCAAGAUGUGGUCGAAGAGAGUGACGCUGAGGACGGCGAUCGUUUCGACGAGAAGGACUACGCCUUCCGUAAUGCUGAGACACAGGGCUAUGCGCGGACGGAAGAUUUAGUCAUAGAGAGAGAUGCCAAAGACGGAGCUCGUUCUGACGGCAAGGAUGAUUCAUCACUAAAUGCAGCAACUCGGGCGUACAAGGAAGGCACCAGCCACGAGUCUGCUGAUGACGAGCCCUGCAGUCCCGACGGCGAGACGCGAAUAAGAGUCCGCGAUUCUGAAACAAAUGGGGCCAUGCCCAUUUUUACCAAGAACGACGAAGGAAAGGAUGCUGAAGAGCCUUCCACGGCUGUGGCACCACGGCUGGGCCCUUCCACGAACCUGAGUCGUCUUCUGUUUGCAGACACGGAGCCGGCGUGCGACUCCUUCGUCCUGUGUGCAGCCAGCCAGUCGGACGGCGACCAAACGGACGACGAGGAAGAUUUUUGUGCCCCCACGCAGAUGGAUGCCGGCUCCGCAACUCCCAAGGUCCACCCGGUCGACCUCAAACGGUCGACCCCGGUGUCCGUGAACGAGACUCCGCCGCUGUCUCCCAAAAGCGCCAUCGAGGAGACACCUCCCUCCUCGCCAUCCAUUGUCCCGGAGAGCGACCCGGAGGAUGCGGACGACAGCAUGGUUACGGCGCGGCACUCCCUGUCACUCCUGGAGAGCACUGGCACGUCGCUUUUCCAGGACUGCGAGGAGUACGGGGACAGUGAAGUCAUCUUGCCUGUUGUCGGGAGGAGUGACAAGAGGAGGGCACUUCUCAGCAGUCUCAAGAGGAGCGGUGGCAAGCUUGUCAAGGAACACUUAAGAACGACCCAUAGGGAGGCGUCACAGUUAAAGGCGUUGGAGGAAGAACCGGAUUCGGUGGACGGCAACUUGGUAGGCGAACAGCGUUCGAAGCAAUCUGGAGCUGCAAAGAAGCUGGAGUAUGCUGGCAGUACCUCCAGUGCUCUUGCAAUCCCCGAAGAAGAGUCCACACCGGGAGAUGUGUCUCGGUGCAAGUCGGCGUCGGAAGGAGCUCCUUUUAGCAUACCUGGGGUGGCACCGCUUCAGCUAUCUUCACUGGUUUCGCUGAACGAGGAGACGGCGGAGAGCAACGAUGUGGUGCUUGACUCGACUUUUACUGUUGGAGGCUCAAAUGCAACCGCCGAUUCCAGUGUUCACUCGGCAGUGGCGGAAGACCAUCGUGAAACAGCGGAAGGUGCAGUUGAAGAAGCUGGGUUUCAGGAAGCCGACAACAGAUUGAGGGAAAGUUCUGGACGCACAGAGUUGCCGAACCAAUCCGUAGAUCAGACACGGGAGAAACAUGAAAGUGUCUUAGACGAGGAAGAGACGCAAGUUUCCGAUGUGGAGGACGUCGAAGACACAAAGGGAGUUUCCAGCGGUGUGGAGGCUGAGCCAGCAGAGCCAUUGCGGUUGUCUGAAGAAGCAGAUGUCAAUGGGAGCACACUCUCCGAGGUGGCCGUCAAAGACGCGGAAUCGGAACAGGAACCGAAAGUGCCUUCUUUGGAAGCGACUGAAGAUGUGUUAGAGUCCAACCUGGAGCACGAAAAUCAAACUGAGGCAACUCCACUGCCUUUUAAACUUCCAAAGUCUCCGGGCAGAACGAAAAACGCAGACAGUGAGGCUGCCGACAAAGUUUCAAAGUUGACCAAAAAGGGCAGCGAGAGGAAAUUUUUGUCCAAGAAGACCGAGACGACCAAGGAAGUGACCUUAAACUUGGACGUGGUGCAACCUCCAACCAGGAGCCGAAGAUCAAAUGCCGGAGCCAGGAUGAAGGAGUUUCUUUCUAUCGAGAAGAGAACGGGAGCUUCGGGAAAUUUCAGAGAGGACUUGGCAUCCCAAGAGGCCAACAAGAAGGAAGCGCCACCCGCGUCUAAAGAGCAGUCAAACGUGGAAGGCAGGACAUCUAAACCAAAGAAACGUGGUCGAAAAAGCACCAAGGAGCAGAUGGAUGAAAGCAAUGAAGGCCAAAAGCUCCCUUCGUUGCCUCAACCAACAGAGGAAUUGCAACUCCAACCAUUGGUAAGUGCAGCGCCUGAAAGUUUCAGUGCUGCCAACCCUGCAGUUGAGGGCAAGAAGACUUACCAGCCGUUCUCAAGAGGAAUAUGGGACAGUCAGUUUCAAAGCACUCCUUACACGAGCGGCACCAUAGACAGUUGCCUCUCGCAGGCAUUCCCCACCUUCUCUCAACUCAUGGUUGGAGCCGGUGACGAUUGCAGAGCUGCCGACGAAGUGGAUGAAGCGGCUGCCACUGACAUGGAUGAGCGGAAGAAGCCUCCGCAGCAGAAGGCAAUAGCGUCAAAUGUGAGCAUGGUUGUUGCCGAUUUAGAUCCAAAAGAGGUUCACCCAAAAACCAUUGGAAGCACUCUAGGUUUUAGCGGGAAGAUGAGCGAGGCUUCAAGUCGAUCGGACACAGGUCCUGACAGAUCAAAGAACUCUUUGGAUGCUGCAGUUGUGCAAGUGAUGGAUGCAAAGGCUGGUCAUUCAAUGCAAAGAACCAUGAGCCAGGACUUGAAACGUGAAGGGCCUCAGGACUUAGCAGUCUCAGAACCGCUCUUGGAAGAUGCUGGCUGUGUGCCGGACUCUGAUGAAACUCAAGAUCUGGAUGCCUUGAUUCCAGCAGAAUCGACUCGUCCUAAAUGGGCCACAAGAAAGAGCACUCCUUUCGUGCCGUCCGGACUUGCGAAUAAGCCCAAUCGCAAGAUCAAACUUGAGUCGGCGGAAGACACUGGAGGCAGUGGGGACGAGUUCCAGGACGACUCGCAGACGAAGAAGGUAAGCGGUGCAAAGCAAGUCGUCGCCGCGUCAAGACCAUCUCGGAACGCCGUGAAACCUGCGCCAUUGGCAACCACGAGCACAGUACAAGACAAGCAGCCUUGUACACCAACUAAGGAAGCACUUCCGGCCAGGCGACGAACACGGAAACAGGUGCUGGACGUCCUUGCUUCAGAGUCCAACGAUUUAUCCGCAGUCCGUGAAGCGGGUGAAAAAGAACUAGGGGAUGCCAUCGACGACAAGAAAAAGUCCUCGCGGCGGUUGCAGUCGAAAAGGGCAGCUUCGGGUGACGUGGAAGGGCCUCAAUCUUCGCUUGCAUCACACGAAGUUCCCCAGGGAAAGCGCAGAAAAAAUAAGGCAGUCUCGGAGGUCCCCGACGUAACUAUUCCGGAACCCAACGUUGCCGGAUCUGCAACCAAGGAAGUUGAGGAUCAGAAGGGUACCAUUCGUGGCAAAGAAGGGCGACUCAGCUCGUCACUGCCCGGAGGAAUCGUGUUGCAAGUGAAGGAGGCAGCCUCAAGCGAGUCUCGAGACUCCCAACCUACCCGAAGCUGUCAAGGACGAGCAAGAGCACGAAAGGUUGUGGAUACCCCCGUUUCGGAUGUCGUCAAAAACAACUCGGAAGGAUUCAACGAGGCAAGUGCUGUUGACAAGGACAAGAGAGAACCGCGCUCCGCUCGUUUAAAGGGAAGAACGGUGCCAGAAGCUGCAUCGAGGGGACCUCAAGGUUCCCAAUCUUCUCCAAGUUCACAAGGACAAAAAAGAACACAAAAGGCUGCGAAUGCUUUUUUUCUGGAUGUCGCAGAUGCCGGCAGAGAAGAAUCGGACGAGGCAAGCGCUGUCGACGAGAAGAGAGAUCCUUGCUCUUCGCUGUCAAAGGAAACAACGGCGCCGCCAGUGGAGCAAGCUCCGUCCGGGGAGUUUCGGGACUCCCAAUCUUCCCAAAGUAAUCGGGGAAAGCGCAAAACCGGGAAGGAGAUCCGAGAUACUCGUGCGUUAGACUCUGACGCCACCGAUGCCGGCACGGAGGAGUCCCAGGAGGCAAGCACCGCCGAGAAGAACGAGAGGCAUUCUUGCUCUUCGCGGUCGAAGCGGACGGUGCCGCAACAUCCGCUGAACCAGUUGCAAGGCUCCCAAUUGUCGCAGGUCACCCGGAGAAAACAGAAGGAAGCUCCACUGCCUUCCCACUCCGAAGAACCCGGAGAAAAACAAGCCAACGCACGGGGCCGAAAGAAAGGUCUGGAAAAACGGCUGGACUCGUGCGAGCCAACAGCACUUUUCACGGAUUGCAAUCCUAGGGUGGUGAUGGUGCCUAUGGAGGAAGUUGUUGGCUUUGGAUAUUUAUCACAAAGUAAGCAGACGGCAAGGGAGACGCCGGCGGCGCCGGUGGAAGGUCUUCUUACUAAGAAGGCCGUGGAAGAGGCCUCCACGACUCGUGGACGCCGAAUCAAGGAGGUUGAGUCGGCAGAAUUGCCGAAGCCUGUCCUCGGGGGAAAACGGCGUAAAGUGGCUUUGGUGGAUGUUGAAAAGAAGCCAUCGUCGAACAAUGAGGAAGCUGAAGGAGUGGAGGGGGUGGCACCACCUCCAAAACUGCGGCCGGGAAGACCAGCCAGGAAUGCUGCGGUGAAGGUGGAGGCUGCUUCCCAGGAACCCAGCACGAGCAGGGGCAGAAAGAGGGAAGGUCUCGCCCAGGACCCCUCCCCUCCCGCCCGCAAAAAGGGACGAGGAGGAAGGGCUGCAGCCACAAACGUGUCGUCUCCCAAGGCGGACGUUGGAGUGGCGCCAGCUUCCAAGGGCAGAAGGAGCUCUAGUCUGAAGCCCAGGGUGAUGUUCACGGGACUUGCCGACACGACCGGUGAAGAGAUUGUGAAGAGCCUGGGUGGACUCGUGGCUGCCUCCCCUUCUAUGUGCACGCAUCUUGUUACGGACAAGUUCCGGAGGACCGUGAAGGCCCUCUCCUGCAUCGCCAAGGGCAUCCCGAUUCUCAGCAUGGCCUGGUUGGACAGCUGCAGGGCGUCGGGCUCCUUUAUCGACCACAUGCCGUUCCUCCUGAAGGACAAGGCUGCGGAGAAGACCAUGAAGUUCAACCUGGAGGCAACCCUCGGGCGUGCCGCCUCCGAGGGUGGCAUCCUCAACGGCUGGGGCCUUCACGCCACGCCCGGCGUCCUGCCGCCCCCCCAAGACAUGAAAGAGAUUGUGUCCUGUGCAGGUGGAAAGUACCUGGCAAAGAUGCCGACACGGUACGCUGACAAGAUCGUCAUCGUGUCGUGCGAGGAGGACAGACGGACGCUCGCCCAAGCCAAGAAAAGCAGCAUCCCAGUUGUGACGGCAGAGUUUGUGCUUUCCGGACUGCUUCGGUACCAGCUCGACGUAAAGAAGCACACCCUGACGUAGCGACGCAAUUCAAUGGGGGCUGUUGCGAGAGCCUGAACCCGUAGUAAAAUUUUUAGCAUUUUAUUGUUUGACGAGAAUGUGCAUGUAUAUUGUUUCCUCUUUUAUCAGCCCUGACCUGGGGACAUGAUUCGAAAGACGAUAUGCGAGGAGCUGCUCUCGCACGAGCCAGACCUCAUAGGAAUAUUUUUAACAUUGUUUAUUGAUGUAAAUGUAUGUAUAUUUUAACAGUACAGGAUUUUUUCAGUGGGUCCAGAAUAAGAACAUAAGAAAUGGCCUCUUUAGCCCUGGGACAAAGCAGGGGGCCAUGGGGGCCACUAGUAAAAAAAUAGGUGAAAUGGGUCAGUUAAUUGGCUAAUUAAGCAAAAAGUUUUAUUGAAAGUAUGUGUUCUUUUGAUUGCAUAAUGUAGUCGGGGAAUCGAUGCCGAGCAUCAUUAUGUUGUAGCCAUGAUGUUAAAUGUUCAGUUCCUCAACUAGUACAUUACGCCCCAAAAAAUAGAUGUGAAAAAGCUUAUGAAAACUAGUGAUUUAGCUUAAACCCAUUUCACCUCCUUUCUACAGGCCUCUGUGGCCCCAUCUUGGCUCCAGAACUAAAAGAACCAUAAAGCCAGGGUCGCACUGCCUGUACAUUAUACAAAAAACAGUAUGCAUACAGAUUCGAACGCGAGUCGCUGCAAGAUCCAUGCUUCGAAUGCCGCAUGGCAAUGACUUCAAGGAGAAACUUGGCACGCGGCAUUCCAACCACGGAUAUUGCAGUGACUUGCGUUUGCUGACUGUCUUUUGUAUAACGUACGAGCAUUGUGGCCCUGGCUUAAUGCAGUACCCCUCUCUGAAAAUUCUUGACCCACUAAAAGAAGCAUUCCGCAUGGUUAAGCCUGCAUUUUGUUUUGUUCAAUCCGGUCUUGCAUUGAGAUGGUUCGCUCCAGUGGACCGAUCGACUCGAGUGGGCGGUUAGGACGGAAGACUGGCAAAAUGGUCCUGAUGAGUUUUUAGUAGCCAUCUGAAACGAGAAAUAAACGGUGAAUUAAACACUGUUGUACUGCAUCCCGAAUUGCCCUGCCACGCGUCAUCUCUACACUUCAAGGAUUUGUAUUUUAUAGUAUUGUUUUUAGCCGUUUAUAAGCUUGCUGCAUCACUGUUCUGUGGAGUUUUACAUUUCAUUCUCACCAAUUCGCUGCAAAUAAACAUACUGCAUGAAAUCACCAGCUGCUUUGCCUGUUGAAUGCCUGCAACAGUGCUUGCACGAAUGGCCAUUCAGGUGAUUGCAAUACGAAUCGAUUAUGCAUUUUCAUGCACCUGUAAUUUCUGUGUGCCAGGUGUGGUGGCUUUGGACCUCGAGAAACUGGUGGUUUUCUUUUGAGCUUGCGAGCAAUAUUUCUGGUCCUCGGAGAGAGAGAUAUCUGUAAGCAAUUAUGUUACUGCUCAAAUAAAGUUGAGUCAAGUUUUUUGGACCUGCA